UAAAGUAAUGCAAGCAGAAUUGGAAGAACAAAAUCGUAAAGAAAUGGCAGAGAUUGAACAAAGACUGCGUCAAGAAGCUCUGGCAAAGAAACAACCAACAUCAACAAUACCUCCCGAACAACCAAAAGUAGCAACAGAAGAAACUAAAACAUCAACAAAAACAUCAGAAAUUACAACAAAUUCUGAUUUAAUAAAUACAAAAACACCAACAGAUUCGUCAAACUCUCAAGAAGAAGAAGAAAUUGAAAACAUUGGAGAAGAGGGAAAAACAAAAGAAAAACAAAAACAAGUUGAACAACAAACAAACCAAACAACCAAUGUUUUUGCUAAUGUUUUAGAAAAUGCAACAACAACAACAAUUGAAAACAAUGUUGUAAAGAUGAAUGAAAAUGAGACACUUAAUAGACAGCCAACAACAACAACAAAUAAUUCUCAACUUGUGGAAGAGAAACAAAACAAUAAAAUAAUUGAAGAAAAUGUUGUCGUUAGAGAUAAAAAUGAAACAACAACAAAUUUAAACAUCCAAACAACAUCCACACAACAACAACAACAAUUAUUAGGCAAUACAACAACAAUUAUUAAUUUACAAACAACUGAAAUGACAACAAAUAUUUUAAAUUCUACAACAACGGUAGAAACAAAUAAAGAACAAAUUUCAACUAAAAAACAAAAGAAAAAACGUAGGAAAGGCUCAACAACUACAACACCAACAACAACUACUACUACAACUGCAGAGGAAAGUUAUGGUUGGAAUUUUUGA